GUUUUUGUUUAAAUAUUAGGUCGUUGGUGAGUUCACAAGUAUUGGCAUUAAGUUCACCAAUCUUCGAACUUUCAUGGAUGACAACUUCAAGAAGCUAUUUGAAGCAAUCAAGGGGAACAAUUCUGUGGACAAGGCGGCCGAUAGUGAGGCGCCGGUACAUCAAACUGAUGCUGGGCUACAAUUAACGCCUGAAGAAAACUUACGUCAUGAUUCUACCAUUCAAACAUCUCCGCCGAAACAUGAUGAUGACUCAAAUAAGGGUGUUGCACCAAUGUUACAUGAGGAAGUUCCGGAUAUUGUAGUGACCGGCGGAAAUUUAAGUGCCGAUACACGUAAAGCUUCAACUGAAGAGAUUAAUUGGGCGGAUGAAGGAUCUUUCAACUCAACAGAGGGAAUGGUCGCAGAGAUGCUCGUUGAGUUGCCUCUAGAAACUCGUGAACCAGAAGCAGGUGCGGGAAUACAAGCCGGGGACAUCACUGAUCAUUCAAAUUUAGAGACCCCACCCAGGUUCGAUGACAACAUUACUAAGUCACAAUGGUUGAUCCCUGACGAAAUGUUACCAAGACAAAUAGGUUCUACAGGAUUCUCUGUGUUUCAUCAAACGGGUCACAAAGGAUUUGUUAUGCCAGUAAUGUCUGCUGACAAAGGAAUACAAGAGACACUUCUGUUCAAGACCCCACACCUUCUAUUUUUAAAAAGAAGCAUCCAUUUGUUGAAGAUCCAAUCAAUGGCCCGCGAAAUACUUCGCUUAUUCAACAAUACCGGAAUUGGCUCAAACAGGAUCUACUUCUAAGGCAUGAUAAAAAAAAAGGUAAAGAAAGUCGUUACAAAAAGAAUAAGCAAGCUUUGGAUCCAGAUGACAUCAACUUUGGCUUCAAUUUUGGUGUGUUACAUGUUGAUGACAAAAACUGGUUCUAUCUCUUAUCGAUGAAUGGCUAGUCUUGGAAUGAUGA